ACUCAAGUGUGAGUGCAAUGGGCCAAGUUGGCAUGGAAAAAGAGGGGCCGGGUGAAGGUCCAAAAUACAAGCAUGAGUUUGUCAAAUCCGCACUCCUCCUCCAUCCACAACACCCCUCCUUCCCACCCUCCAUCCUGUUUACUUACUUGAAAGCUUUCAAAGGACUUCUGUGUAAGUCGUAAGCAAGGCGGUUGAGGCGGGGUGGGAGCGAAAAUAAGAAGAAAUAGUCAACACCAUCACAGCAUCUCCCACAAACGGAUAAAAUCACAAGUAGAGCAGAGUGGGUCAGUGGGUGCAGCCAUGCUUUGCAAAUUCUUUCUGAUGAUCUCUCUUUGGGUUCUGUUACCAAGCUCAGAUGCCGGAAGACAGAUGCCUAAACUUUCUGCUCGAAAACGCUGCGCUGACUCGGAAUGUAGCUAUGCUAUCCUGAUAGCUCGUGCUGUGCAGGACUAUCAUCCCGCGGACUGCAGGUUCAUCUCGAUCAGACAGGGGCAGCUGGUUUAUGUCUACGCCAUGCUACAGGACACUGGCAACCUCUUCUGGGCAGGCAGUGUUCAGGAUUCUUAUUAUGGAGGACAGGAGGCUCGUAUCGGUCACUUUCCCAGCACCGUGGUGGAGGAGGUUCAAGCUCUGGAGCCAGCCAACACAGAAGUCAAGACGACCAAAUGGGACUUUUACUGUAACUGAAAUGGGAUCCAUCAAAGACGUGAUCAACUUGCUCUCCAGUUACCGCGCAUUAGAAGUUUAUGCAGCAGCUGCUUCAUGAGGUACAGCUGCAGAAUCUAAUGUAAAGUUUUUAUAGUUGUGCUUUGCAUUGUUGUCGAAGCUUAACAGCAUUGCUUUGAGCUUUCUCUAACAAUUGUGGUUAUCUUAUUUAGUUCGGAGAGGAGGAAAUAUACUGGGAAACGUUUUUGAGUAUAAUGGAGUGCAACUAGUUAAAUGAUAACGCUUACUUUUCUCAUUUAGCACUUUAUGACAUGCUAUUCAACUCAUUUUUUUUUAAUUAAUUGUGGUUUUGAAUUAGCAUCUCAUGCAAAAAAAAAAAAAAAAAAAGUAUUGCUGGUUAAAGUUUUAAUCUCUGCAACCAAUGCAUCAGUGGAUAUUGUUUCAAGAUGAAAGAGAAUAAACAUCACUUUGUAAAAUCA